AUCUUACUCUAAUAAUCGCGCACCACCUUGUUUGCGGGAAGCCUCUGCGCGAAAAUGGCUACUGUGGGCCGGUUUAUUGCCGCCUUGCGACCUGCACGCACCGUGCCAGCUCUACAGAGAUCGCUAGCUCAACCGCUGACGAAAGAAAGCUCGGUGUAUCGCCAACUACCCUUCCUGAGAAGAUACGGAGAUGCCGCAACGAAGUAUACCCACGAGUACUACGAAAAUCUGGUAAGAGGCAAGCCUGUGGUUGUGUUUAUGAAAGGAGAACCAACUGCUCCAAUGUGUGGUUUCAGUCGACUGGUAGUCCAGAUCCUUGACAUGCACGGUGCAAAGGACUACGAGUCCCACGAUGUCCUUGAAGACGUGGAUUUCAAGGAAGGCAUGAAGGAAUACUCGUAAGGGUUUCUUUAGGUAUGGGGAAAGGUAGGCAAACUGGUUUUGCCUCUCUGAGCUACAUUUUAUAACCUCUCAUAUUUGUUAACACGGUGAACCUAAAUUGACUGGGCACACCAUUUGGUGCAUAAUGUGUAUUAGAGCAUUUUCACUGCCUUCUAGAAAUUGGCCAACGUUCCCUCAAGUCUAUAUGAAUGGUGAGCUGGUAGGUGGGGCUGACAUAAUGCUGGAGAUGCACAAGUCAGGAGAACUGAUAUCUGAGCUCGAACGCAUUGGACACCGCUCGCUUCUAGCAGACGAUGAUAAUCCUUCCUGACGUCUGUUUUCAUUUGUCAUACUAUCAUAAUUAUGUACACAUUAUAAUCAUUUCACAUUGGUACUAGUAUACCAAGGACUGAAAGAGUAGGUACAGCUAUGGCGGCUGCAGUAGAAACUGCUGAACCAAGAACGAAGCCUCGAGAACAGAGAAGAUAGGCGGAGAGGAUGAGCGAUGUCAUGGCAAUACCAAACGAUAAAAUUGUUCCUAUCUCACGAUAGGCCGGGUGGAUCCCGUACCCAACCCAGAACAGAACUCGGCCAACCACAAAGAGAAUCGUGCUGAGGAAUAUGUACUUCAUCUCUUCCUUUUCCAGCAGGGUUGCUAGUAGCAGGGCCAACAUGACGUAGAUAAAGGUCUGCUCCAACGUGUUCGUUAGCCGUUUCUUGUGCAGCUGCAUGCCUGCCUCGUUGCCCGACAGAGGGUUUCGAGCUCCGACUAUGACUCUGUUGCGUCCCGUUAGCGCAACGGCGACACCCAGGAACAGGGCUAAGAAGAGAAAGCAGCGAAGGGUGUAGGCAAUCUUGACGGAAAGCUCUCCGCUGCUGGGAGCUGGAAUAGCGCCGUCAGGAACAUGGUAGUACCCUCCAUAGAGACCUCCAACUAGCAUGGCUAGGCCUAUGACCGCCUGCAGCGGGAGAACUCGGAGCAUCCGAGCGCGCUCAUCCCCAACGGCCAUCU